AACCCAUGGCAUUUACUUCUCCUCCUUUGUAUGGUUCCCAAAACGCUAGAUUUUGGCGCAGCCUUAUCUGGUUAUAUUAUAUAUUUACACUUGUGCACACGGCAGUCUCAACACCUCCCGAAGAUCCUGUCAAAUGUGUGUCGGGAAACACGAAUUGUACGGUCACCAACUCAUACGGAGCCUUCCCUGACCGGUCCACAUGUCUAGCCGCCAACGUGGCAUACCCGAAAACCGAAGCCGAGCUUGUCUCUGUCGUGGCUGCAGCCACUCAAGCCGGACGGAAAAUGCGUGUAACCACUCGAUAUUCCCAUAGCAUUACUAAGCUCGUGUGUACCGACGGAACCGAUGGUUUGUUCAUAAGCACAAAGUUCCUAAACCACACGGUGCAAGCAGAUGCAACGGCCAUGACCUUGACGGUUGAGAGUGGCAUGACGCUUAGGCAGUUAAUCGCUGAAGCCGCUAAAAUUGGAUUAGCGUUGCCGUAUGCACCGUAUUGGUGGGGACUAACUAUAGGUGGAAUGAUGGGAACCGGUGCUCAUGGGAGCUCGUUGUGGGGUAAAGGGAGUGCGGUCCAUGACUAUGUGACCGAGAUCAGGAUGGUUAGCCCAGGUUCAGUCAACGAUGGGUUUGCAAAGAUUAGGGUUUUAAGCGAGACUACGACUCCAAACGAGUUCAAGGCGGCUAAGGUCUCUCUUGGCGUCCUUGGCGUUAUCUCUCAGGUGACUUUCAAACUGCAACCGAUGUUCAAGCGAUCACUAACAUACACUAUGAGAAAUGAUUCGGAUUUUGAAGAUCAAGCCGUGACUUUUGGAGAGAAACACGAGUUUGCGGAUUUCAUAUGGUUACCAAGCCAAGGCAAAGUGGUGUAUCGAAGAGAUGACCGAGUACCGUUCAACACCUCGGGCAACGGUUUGUUCGAUUUCUUGCCAUUCCGUUCACAACUAUCUGCGGCAAUAGCCAUCAUAAGAUCAUCAGAGGAGACACAAGAGAGGUUCAGGGAUGCGAAUGGGAAGUGUGUUGGAGCCACAAUAAUUUCAUCUACUCUGUUUGCUACCUCAUACGGUUUGACCAACAAUGGCAUUAUAUUCACUGGUUAUCCGGUCGUUGGAAGCCAAAACCGUAUGAUGUCGUCAGGAUCGUGUCUAGACAGCCUUCAAGAUGGCUUGAUCACGGCGUGUGCAUGGGACUCACGUAUAAAAGGCGAAUUUUUUCAUCAAACAACUUUCAGUGUCCCUCUCACCCAAGUUAAAAGUUUUAUCAAAGACAUCAAAUCAUUAGUAAAGAUCGAAUCAAAAUCUUUGUGUGGCCUUGAGCUUCACUAUGGAAUUCUAAUGCGUUAUGUCACAUCAUCUCCCGCUUAUCUAGGGAAAGAAAUCGAAGCCCUAGACUUCGACAUAACAUAUUAUCGGUCUAAAGACCCGUUAACACCGCGACUCUACGAAGAUUUUAUCGAAGAAAUCGAGCAAAUUGCAUUGUUCAAAUAUAAUGCACUGCCACAUUGGGGAAAGAAUAGAAACUUGGCGUUUGAUGGAGUGAUUAGAAAGUACAAUAACGCUCCCGCAUUCUUGAAAGUAAAAGAGGUUUAUGAUCCGAAAGGUUUAUUCUCGAGCGAGUGGACGGAUCAGAUCCUAGGAAUCAAAGGAAACGCAACCAUUGUAAAAGAUGGAUGUGCAUUGGAGGGUUUGUGUAUAUGCUCCAAGGAUGCGCAUUGUGCUCCGGCCAAAGGCUAUAUGUGUCGGCCGGGAAAAGUUUACAAAGAGGCUAGGGUUUGUACACGCGUCACUGCUAUAAGUGUGAUUUAAACAUCAGAAAGCCACCGUAUUUAUUUGUGAGUUGUGUGAUUCAUGUUUUUUUUUUUUUUUAUCCUAUAUAUAAAAGAUGAA